AACAGAUAGUGAAAUUAUCAAGAUAUAGAAUGCUAUGCAGGAAAAAAAAUCCCAAAUCUUGGGUUUGGAAUAAACUGUGAAAAUGUUUACCCGGUUAGUUUGUAUCAGUGAUUAUGAACAACAUGCUAAAUCAGUACUUCAGAAGUCUGUAUAUGACUAUUACAGGUCUGGGGCAAAUGAUCAAGAAACAUUGGCUGAUAAUGUUGCAGCAUUUUCCAGAUGGAAGCUGUAUCCGCGGAUGCUCCGGAAUGUUGCUGAAAUAGACCUGUCGACUUCUGUUUUGGGACAGAGGGUCAGCAUGCCAAUAUGCGUUGGGGCUACUGCCAUGCAGUGCAUGGCUCACGUGGACGGGGAGCUUGCAACUGUGCGAGCCUGCAGGUCACUGGGAACCGGGAUGAUGCUGAGUUCCUGGUCCACUUCCUCAAUUGAAGAAGUGGCAGAGGCCAGUCCCGAGGCACUCCGCUGGCUGCAACUGUACAUCUACAAGGACCGUGAGGUCACCAAGCAGCUAGUGCAGCGGGCAGAACAAAGGGGCUACAAGGCCAUAUUUCUGACAGUGGACACUCCUUACCUCGGGAACCGCUUUGACGAUGUGCGUAAUAGGUUCAAGCUGCCACCUCAACUCAGAAUGAAAAAUUUUGAAACCAAUGAUUUAGCAUUUUCUCCAAAGGAAAAUUUUGGAGACAACAGUGGACUUGCUACAUACGUAACUAAAGCAAUAGACCCAUCCAUCAGCUGGGAGGAUAUUAAAUGGCUGAGGGGGCUGACAUCACUGCCAAUCGUUGCAAAAGGCAUUUUGAGAGGUGAUGAUGCCAGGGAGGCAGUUAAACAUGGUUUGGAUGGGAUCUUGGUGUCGAAUCAUGGGGCUCGACAACUUGAUGGGGUACCAGCCACCAUUGAUGCCUUGCCAGAAAUCGUGGAGGCUGUGGAAGGGAAGGUGGAAGUCUUCCUGGAUGGGGGUGUUCGGAAAGGCACCGAUGUCCUGAAAGCUCUAGCCCUGGGAGCCAAGGCUGUGUUUGUGGGGAGGCCAAUCAUUUGGGGCUUGGCGUCCCAGGGAGAGAAAGGUGUUCAAGACAUCCUUGAGAUCCUAAAGGAAGAAUUCCGAUUGGCAAUGGCUCUGAGUGGGUGCCAGAACGUGAAAGUCAUCGACAAGACAUUGGUGAGGAAAAAUCCUUUGGCCGUUUCCAAGAUCUGACAGUGCACAAUAUUUUCCCAUCUGUAUUAUUUUUUUUUUCCGGCAUGUAUUACUUGACAAAGAGACACUGUGCAGAGGGUGACCACAGUCUGCAAUCCCCACUUCAAUACAAAGGGUGUCGUUCUUCUCCAACAAAAUAGCAAUCCCUUUGAGCUCAUUGCUUUUGACUUUUCAAUGGGUGUCCUAGGAACCUUUUAGAAAGAAAUGGACUUGCAUCCUGGAAAUAUAUUAACUGUUAAAAAGAAAACAUUGAAAAUGUGCUUAGACAACGUCAUCCCCUGGCAGGCUAAAGUGCUGAAAAACAAAAGAUAUCCUUUGGUAAAAUUGGAGGUAGCUACCACUGAGGUAAAAAGAUAAUGAUCUCACUGUUUAUUAAUUUGCAUUGUGUUUAGAUAUCCUUAAGCCAGGUUCUUAAGUUGUAAGCUCAGGUUCAAAAGGUUGGACCAUGCCAGGAGAAACAGGAGAUUUAGAUUCCCAACACGGAGGAGGUAGCCCUUGAUAGAAUUGGGUCGAGCUGGUGGGAAUAUGUGACUUUCUGGAUACUUUUUAACACCCUGACUUAUGCUACUUCUUUGAACGUAGAUUUCUGUUCACAUCUUUAGUGCCUGCAGGUAUCUGAAUAUUUUAUGACAUAUAUAUCUAUAUCUAUAUCUAUAUCUAUAUCUAUAUCUAUAUCUAUAUAUCUUCUUAAUCAGAAAAAAAUAAAGCAUUUUUGAAAAGAGUGUAUCUGGUCUAUUCAUAACAAGAUGAAAUUCAACCAUUUAAUCUCUGAACCCUAGUAACUGCCCUGUUCCCCCACUAAUUCUCUUAUACCUUCUAGCUCUUCUUUAUUCUUUUGCUUCUUUUCCACUUAGAGUUGUAAGCAGGGCCAGUUGCAUAAUUUAUGAGGAUUAUGCCAGAUGAAAAUGUGAUGCCCUUGCUCAAAAAGCAGGAAAAUGUCCUUUCUUUCCUUCCACAGUUUUUCUCUUAACCUGUCGUGGUAUCCUUUAUUUGCUAUUUAAUGUCCUGUUUCCUUGGGUACGAGGUUACUUACAGAGCAAGUGUAGACCCUCACAGGUGCCUGAACACUGCUCUGUGAUAUGUUCUGACUCUCCGAUGCCUGUUCCCAGGACUCAGCCAGAGGUGGACAGUGGCACUGUCACUGACAGGUGUGUGAGCCAGCUGCCAAGGACUCAUUUAGGGGAGGUGGGCAGAUGGCAGGAGAUGGGACAUUGUGUGAUUCUAGGCUCCAAGCCCUUAACACGUUUCAUUGUCCCAAUGACUUUUACUUAUAAGACACAAACUCAAAGGUAAAAUUAUUAAGAAUUUGAAUCCAACAACCACAGAGCAUUAAACCCCAGUGUGAGGCCCCCUUCUGAGUGUGGAGGUACUGUGUAGCUGUACUGGCCUUGCGCUCUAGAAGCCCUGGUCAUGUGACUUUUAAAUUUGUUCCUGAAACCUGGCAUUGGCAGAUUAGUGGUAAACUUGGUAGCCAAAGUAACUUUGAAAUUUAAUUUUUUGCCAUCUCCCUGGUUGUUCAACCCCUGUGAAAUAGUAAAUGAAACAAUGGAUAGAAUCACUAACUAAAAAUACGAUUUUUAUGUUACGUUUUAUCACUUUGUUUUAUUAUUCUCGAAUCUCUCUCUCUCUCCCUCCCUCUUUUCUCCCUUUAAAUGCUGGGCCAUUCCCAAAUACUAUGGAAUGUCAUAGUUGGAAAGAUGGAAUGUCAUAGCUCUUUCUUUCUAAAAUUAUUGACUUAGUCUGAUAAAAAAUCGUUUAAUCUGAUAGAAAGGAAUAGUUACCCCUCAAUAUUUUCUCCAAAUGCAGAGAAGGAAUAUCAUUGUCAUAUCAUGUAACUGUUUAAUGCCUGUACGAUUAAUGUUACUUAAUAGGCAUAUAAGAAGCACCUCUUUGAUUCCCACAACUGAUUUUGAAAUGCCUCUGCUGUCGGCAAAGAAUGUCUACUUUGACUACAUCAUAGUAUGUGGCCGAGAGGUGAAAAUAAAAAGUUGAUAACUUUCCCAGCAAAUGGAGAUCCACACAUGGCAUUCUAAGAAAAUUUUAUGCAACUUAUGUGAGACUGGGGAUUCGUGGUCUUAAUUUUUGAAUUUCUGGACACUUUUAUGACCUCCUCAGCCAUGCUACCUACUUGAAUGUAGACUUUCAAUUUUCCUACAGAGGUAUAAUAUCACUGAAGCCUUUAUGGUAUAUAUUAUUUCCAUUACCAGAAAGAUACAAAGUCAUUUUUACUUUCCUUUGAGAGUGUCUCCAGUCCAGGUGUAAUAAUACUAACACUAAAGCUAUCUGAUGGCUGAGACAGAAAUGGAGCAUGUUGGUUGCAUGUCUCCUGCUGAGAAUUUGUUUCAUGAACUUGAUAGAAGUUCUCUGAAGAAGCCACAUGACAUUUCUGUUCUGAGUUUUCUGAAAUAUGUUGGGAAGGGGUCAAAGGGAAUGGAUAGUUGAAUAUAGACCAACCCUGCUUUCCUUGAAUGUCACUAAUUUAAUGUGUAUAGUGCUCUAGAGUAGUAUUUCUCAAACUGUAGAGUGUAUCACAGUCACCCAGAGGACUGAUUAAAACAGAGUGCUAGGGGGGGUGCCUGGGUGGCUUGGUCGGUUAAGCGUCCGACUUCGGCUCAGGUCAUGAUCUCAUGGUCCGUGAGUUUGAGCCCCGCAUCAGGCUCUGUGCUGGCAGCUCAGAGCCUGGAACCUGUUUCAGAUUCUGUGUCUCCCUCUCUCUCUGCUCCUCCCCUGUUCAUGCUCUGUCUCUCUCUGU